UCGUUUACUGGGGAUCCUCAGAAGCGAGAGGUAACAUGGAGGAACCGAGAAGACAACAAGGCUAGGACCGACGAACGAACGAACGGAAAUCACCGGCUGUAGUCGGACCACAAUCAAUGAAGGAUACACUUGCGCUGUGGAGGCAACGCUGUCAUUGCGGGAGGGACUUGGCGGCCAAGCCGAGUCUCGUCCGUUAUGAGGUGCAUCGUCAUCUGUGGUGUAAUUCUCAUCGCAGAACCGUUGGCGAGGAACAAGGCCACCUCACCAACUUUUUUUUUGAGAUAGAACCCCCAUCCAUUAGGAGUUUUGUCACUUUGACUGUCGCUCUUCUUCUUCUUCUUCUUCUUCCUGACUCCCUCUCCGCGUAACCCACACCGGUGACGACCACCUGGCUCACUGUCUGCCAACUUUAGAAGCGCUAUCAGCUAGCUAUAGGGCAUCCGACAUAGACCCAUCAACGUACAGACCCCACUCCUCUUCCCAUCUCGAUACA